GGGCAGUGGCCUUGGAUGUGAGUAAGCUUGAAAAGGGCAAGAUCACUUGACUGGUUUGCAAGGCCGUAUGACCAGCAGCUGAGACUAAUUAGCUGGAUUGUGGGUUUUUACAGAGCUGCAUGCUUUUGAAAGUUGAUGGAGCGAACUGCUGUUUCAAAAGACUCUUUUGAAAAACAUUUAUAAAUAGGUCAUUCUGAGACGCAGAUCUCUCUUUGUCUUAAUGUCAGACAAGAAUUAACCCUCCUCAAGAGGACAUGUGGUUGGAAAUCAUCAACUAUUGAAGUGUUGGCGGCUCCAGUCUCUAACAUUUUGGAAAAACACACGAGCAUUUUCUCCACCCUGCUAAGUUGCUCAUGUUGUGAACCAUGAUUGGCUUGUACCAACAAGCUGCUUUUCCUAUUAACAUUACAUUGAAACCGGGACUGGCUCAGUAUGGAGGAGCUCUCGGGUUUCUGAAAUGGCUGUUUCCAGCUUACAGCGUGCGGCAGGUGCAUCAUUGAUCCUUCAUCAUGUCUGAUGGAGACUAUGAUUACCUCAUCAAGUUUUUAGCUUUGGGAGACUCUGGAGUAGGAAAGACCAGUGUGCUUUACCAGUACACAGAUGGAAAAUUCAAUUCCAAAUUCAUCACGACAGUGGGCAUUGACUUCAGGGAAAAGAGAGUGGUCUACAGGGCCAAUGGGCCUGAUGGAGCGGUUGGCAGAGGCCAGAGAAUCCACCUGCAGUUAUGGGACACAGCUGGGCAGGAGAGGUUCCGUAGCCUGACUACAGCCUUCUUCAGAGAUGCCAUGGGUUUUCUUCUGCUUUUUGAUUUGACAAAUGAACAAAGUUUCCUCAAUGUCAGAAACUGGAUAAGCCAGCUGCAAAUGCACGCGUACUGCGAAAACCCAGAUAUAGUAUUGUGUGGAAAUAAGAGUGAUCUGGAAGACCAGAGGGUAGUGAAAGAGGACGAGGCCCGAGGGCUUGCAGAGAAAUAUGGAAUCCCUUACUUUGAAACAAGUGCUGCCAACGGGACAAACAUAAGCCAAGCAAUUGAGAUGCUCCUGGAUCUGAUAAUGAAGCGAAUGGAACGGUGUGUGGACAAGUCCUGGAUUCCUGAAGGAGUGGUGCGCUCCAAUGGUCAUACCGCCACAGACCAGAUGAACGAAGAGAAGGAGAAGGGAUCAUGUAGCUGUUGAAACGUCAAGUGCAUACCGCACCGAUUCCCAUGGUCAGGGCCCAUCUCAGCAGCUGAUACAGGGCACAGUGAGAGAUUGAUAGGCAUUGGGUACAAACUGCUUCUCACCAACCCCACUCAACUGUCUCUUUGACGUCUAGUUGGAAAGUGAAUUUGCCACAACUUUUCAAUAUUUCUUUAACAUUCGAACUGAGAGUUGUGAGAAAUAUUUCUCAGAGUCAAAGUGCCUUAGAAAACCUUAGCCCCUGGCAUUAGAUAAUUCAAGGGUUCAGAACUUUAUUGUCACAAGUUAUAUUUAUGAUAAAGAAAAGUCUACAGAUGUCAUCACUUGCCUUAAUGUACAUAUCCCAUUUAAGAUCUUAGAUGCUAUUAUAAAAUCUUCACAGCCUUGAUUCUAGAGUUGAAAUCAUUGGUGACCUUCUAAACUCCCAUACAAACCACUUAAAUUUUAGGGAAAAAUAUACUCACAGAUCUGUUCAGUGUCUUUCUUACUGUCAGCAUUUCUUUUUAUAUGCAUGUAGAAAGAACUGAGGUCAUGUUUAUACAUCCUGAGUAAAGUGGACUGAGCAGUUGUGUGCUCACUGUGCCUUUUAUGUUGUUGGCAAAGGAAUUGGGGGUGUUCUGGGGCAACCUAAUGUAGUAUAUGCAACUGCCAAGGGACUCCUGGCUCCCUGCUUUAUUCCCACUGCUGAAAAGGUGAUUGAAGAGCCAGAGAACAGGAUUCUAUGGCUUCAGUUAACUGGGAUUCAUUUAUUUGUGCUUGGCCUGUGUUCUGGCCACGUCUGAAUAUAGCUGGUGCUUAUGCUGAAGUUCUUUGUGUUGAGUAAACAUGUAGAUCUUUUUUUCUCAUAUUUAUGAUACAGGUCUGGCCUCCCUAGACUGCCGUUUCAAUUAUCUUAUGAACUACAAUCUUCUGUCUUCAUUAUCAGGUUCUGUACUGUUGAUAUUUGCAACUUUCUUAUUUUCCCCCUGGUGGAAUGGAAGAAGUUAGAUGUUAAGGACUUAUCACAGCUGUUUGCUAUUGGUGGAAGAUAAAUGUUUAUAUCCAAGCAUUCAGAUCUGUACUCUUGUUCAGUAUAAGGAAAUGAAGUUUAUUACACUCCCGCUUUGCUUUGAGCCCAUGGGUAUUCACUAUACUUACUGGGUCCUGCCAAGAUCAUUUAUUCUGCUGCAUCACCAAAGUGCACUCACAUCAGCUCCACGGUGGUUUGGGAAGCUGCUCUAUGGAAGUUGUUUGUAAAGUUCAAAGGCAUUUCAUUGGGGGGAAACUUAUUAUUUAUUAAAGGGAUUUAAGUGAAGUAGAUUAGAAUUUCCAGAAAGCUUAAUGGCUAUUUAGGAAGAAAUGCCACUCAUUACACUUUAAAUAAAGAAAAAUAAAUGUAUCUUGUGACUGCAAGUACUUGGCAGUGCUGUACUGAAAAAUACAUGCGUGUUAGAGGAGUCUUGCCUUUUGCUGAUGACCUGGCUUCACUGAGCAGCUGUCAUGAUUGUUCCUGCUGGCUUUCUAUGCUCCUUAGCAAACUUAGCCUUGUUUGUCAAGAUUUUGGAUAUUUUUGCCUUUGGAAUUAGGGCUUCUUUUAAAUACCAAAGAGAUCAUUGAGGUCAGAACAUUUGGUCUGUGUGUUGGAGUGAGGGAAAGAUUCAGAAUUUACGUUAAUAGUGCCUUUUGAAGUUAUCUUAAGACUCUGGUGUAGUGCAUCACUUAAUAGCCACAUAUCAGGGCAUAUUUUAUAUGAUCUAUUUGUGUAGUUAGAAUACAGUGUGGGCAUGCUGAGUUUUUGUGAACCAAGUGAAUAAUGAAAUACAGAUUUCAUUGACCUUAAACAUAUACAAUUAGAUGCACACUUGGCAACGUUUAUACCUACAAACAUUCUUUAAUUAUCAAAACAGAUAACCUGUAUUCUCUUAGGAAAUCAUUUGCUGAAAUUUGAAAUUAAAGUACCAUAUUUUUGUGUGUCAAUGUAUUUUUCUAUUUACAAGCCUGUGUAAAAGUGAAGUGUAUGUUUCUUCAAUGGAUUUUGUGCCAAUUCAGCUAUAAUAAUAAUAAUAAAAAGUGGACUGAUUA